AUAGAAGUACUUGGUGAUCGGCAUAUUAGAGUUCUUGUAUUUUACACGUUCUGUUACAUCUGUAAAUCUCAUACGUAAAUCGCGGCAACUGUCCGCUCGGGAGAGAUAUUUCCGCCGUGUGAUCUCUUCUUGGGUUUUCUCCCGCGCAGGAAUCAAGAUUGAUUUCAACGAGUCGACGCGGGACGCGGGACGAGGAGCCGUUCGCGAUCGAGCUACCGGCGGCUAUCGCGCCGUUUCGACGCUCUGUUUUUGCGGCAAAUGUCAUCCCCGGUGAACAUGUGAUCGGCGAACGACGUGGAAAGGCGAUUUUUGGCGAUCGUUUGGCAUGGUUUGUGUACGUAUACCAAAGUUGCUAUCCGUGGCUGCUAUUGGUUCUGGUGCAGUUGGGUACCCUUUGGUUGCUUAUACCAGAGUCACGUCAAAAAUUGCCUGUGGAAAGCGCCGGGAGAAGAGUGUGUCGCGUGAUGACUAUGACGCCAACGUCGCGCGAGUUCGUCGUUGAUUUGCUAAAUGAAAAUUCGGCGGAGACGGCGACCGCGAUGCCCGAGGACCGCGAGAACGCGUCCGACGCGCGUCCUAACCUUCCGACCGCAACGCAGUACCAUGCCGUGUACAUGGAACACAGGGACCCGUCAGAUGGGAAAGAAACUCUUCACGUUUAUGAAGACAAGCAGACUGCCUUAAAAGUGCAUAAGACAGAUAAGACUAGCCGUUUUAAUAGUUUCAAGAAUUAUUCCGAUGCUGUAGCAUUCGCAAGGACUGGAUCCAAACAGCCUUCUUGCAAUCAUCCUGUGACAGUUGCCGCGGCGCAAGAACAGUCGAGUAAUUUUAAGGCACCAACCACGCAGGAACUUAUAGCUUUCAAAAGAUUAAUCGAGAAUGGGGACUUGGAGGCUGUGGAGAAUAUCGUAUGGAAAAAUCCGAGAUAUCUAAUCAGCAGUGGAGAUACGCCUGAAAUUUUGCAGAUGGGCUCUCGAUAUAAUGCUUUACAUAUAGCGGCGAAAAAGAACAAGCCAAAAAUGUGCGAAUUUAUAUUGAAUACUGUUGGGGAUCCCAAAUUUAUGCAGUGGCAUUUUGGGGAAGAAAAAUGUGAAACUUACUUAAAUCCUGCGGAGAUUAUACGGGAUUUAUAUUUAAAUACACCGGACAAAGGACUCAACGAGACCCCGUUACACUUUGCUGUUAAAUUUGGUUUUAAGGAUGUUGUUCGGGUUCUUGUCUCAUAUUCUCAAUGUAGUAAAACUUCGAAAAACAAAUAUGACCAGCGGCCUAUAGAUUUAAUAUGCAGCAGAAAGUGCCAAAAUGAUGAAGCUCUAAAGCAUGAGAUACGUAUGCUACUGGAAGAUCAAUUCUAUGUACCUGUGUUAAGAACAGAAGGCAAUGCAUGUCCACCUGUUAUCGGAGAACCAUUCUCGCCGAUUAAUCCACUUAAUUUGAAUAGAGAUCCUAUGAGUCCUCGUGUAGAAGUAAGGGCGUUUGCCGGUCCAAUGACUGAGAGACAAGCAAAAGAAUUUCGAAAAAAGUGGAAAACACCACCACGUAUGACUCCUAAAAAAGGACAGGGCGAUGCACCCGGUAUUAUGAAUAGCCCUAUUAUGAAUAGCCCUAGUAUAGCUCUGAGGCUGCAAGACACAGAAAAAGGGUUGGAACGUGUUGGAAGAGAUCUUGCCGAGGAAUGGCAAGUGCCUUGGAAGGAAUAUUGGCUAUUCUUAAAAGAUUUCGUUGAUUUUCGGAGUGACGAUGGAUUGAAGAAGCUCGAAAAUUAUUUGGAGAAAAGAUUCAGAGAUAACGAGCAAUUAUUUUACUCGACGAGAAACCUGAUUAAUGACGCAUAUGCGCCAGCGAGUUGCGAAGAUGAACCAGUAAGUUGCCAACAGACGCCAAAAGAAAUGGAUGCCAUUAACGAUAUACAAUACUUAUGUGAUAAAUUAUACUUGUGCUCAUUAACUACCGAAAUUGAUAAUGUUGAAGAAGAUACAGACAGCUUAGAAUUUUUUACACCUCCAUCCUCGCCAGAACUUAUUCAAGACGAUUUCGAUGACGACAUGCAGAUUGCAGAAGAAGGAGGUCCUCAAAUAUUUAUUGAAGGGUCUUCACCAACAAAAUUAGAUUAUGCUGUUUACAAUGCACUUUCAUCUGUGAUUUGUCCCGAUACGUAUCCUUAUAUUUACCGUUGGCGACACGAUAUGCAGCUGGCUAUAAAACGUGAUCCAUGCAGAUUUAACCUGAAAUCCUUAAGGAAAAAACUAUUUAUAGAUAAUUAGAUAUAUAUAUAACGAUAAAGAUAGUUAUAUUGUCAAUCUGAGCUGCCAAACUUUGGAUUAACGGUUGAACUGUUUCUUAUAGAUUAUAUCCUAUGACAAAGAAAAAAGUUAAGUUCCCCCGAAGCUUACUAAUUAAUGUUGACUUCAAAAAGUUUUAAGCUAUGUUAAUAUCGCAUAAAAUGUAUAAACUUUUUUGCACAAUGUUGUUGGACUAGCAUCUUGGAUAAUCUUAAAUGUAUUCGAGAUAAGAUAAGAGAGGGAUAUAUUUUGAGACGUGUUUUUACAAGACUUGUAACUAGAGGACCUUCGUGCUCAAACUUUUGAAAUCAUUAGUGUGUACUUCUUUUUAUUGCUCACCGUUUAUAGUUACAAUAAAUGCUCAUUACUGGAAAAUA